UUUUAUAUUCUUAUUUCAUAUGUUCUUAUUCCAUAUUCUUUAAUUUUGUGGUUUUUUAUCUUAAAAAUGAAAAUGUAGCUGAGAAAAUAGAUUUGUCGUUAUCACCAAUUUACUAAAACUGUAGGCAGCACUGAAUUGCAUUGAGAAACCAGUUUGAUAAAGAUUUGCAGUGAGAGCGAAAAACAUUGAAAUUAAUGUAUUUUAAAGAAUUGUCAUUUUGAAGAAAACUAAAAUAAAUUGAUAAAUUGUAUCCAAAUUUGUUUUUUUUUAAAUACAGUUUUAGAAAUUAUAAGAUGUGUGUCAUUUCGUAUAUUUUAAUGUAUCUAUUUUUAGUAACUUGUUCUAUCUAAUUAGUAUAUAAUUUUAUGUAAGAUUGCUUAUCCUUAUUUAAUAUGAUAUAUAGGUGUGUUUGCUUAGUAGAAUGAUAUCAUAAUUUAUCUAAAUGAACCUAUAAAAUGAUCUUUGACUGACGUUAAGUCAUCGCUAUAAUUAUGAUUGGCAGAAAAAGAAUUAAAUUUGGAAAGAAUUCUUUAUUUUGAAAAGAACUCUUCAAGGCAGAGGGGGGAUAUAAAACUAUAGAAGUUUUAUUUUUUUGAAUUCAUACAUAGUGUAUCAGUGCAUAUUUUACACACAUGUAUGCAUGUGAAACACUAUUUUUUUAUGCAUUUGCUCAAAACUUGCAUUACUUAGCGAUAUAAAAUAUUAGAUGUAUUGCGUUUUUUUUAAGUAAAAAAAAACUUACAUUCACUUACGUACAUACGAAGUGCUGGAAUAUUUUAGUUGUAGAAUAUUCUAAAAUAUUUUAUUGCUAGAACGUUUUACGUCACUUUUUCAACAUCCGUUAAUACUUUUGUAGGUAGCACAAGUAUAGUUUACAGAAUAACUUAAAAAAUUAUGGCACGUUAUUUUGGAAUAGAAUUCUUUUUAUAUUUGUCAUGCAAAGUAAACGAAGGUUAUCGCUCUUAAAUUUCGCGAAACUGCCUCCCGGUGUAUUAUGUAUUUCCUGCGCUAUUAUUACGAAAGCAUGAAUUUUCUAUACGUGUCGUACGCCCGCCGUUAAAUCAUUUUGCGCAGCGCCCCGCGUUUCUAUGUAAUAAUGCAAUAUUGCACCGAGACGUACGGCCCGCUUGUUUGUUGUAACCGCGCAUCGUGUAACACGAAGCAUGGGUUUGCUCGCCACGAGUGCGCGCCUAUGUGCCAGCCGGCUUGCUCGCGCUUAUACACGUAUAUACGCGUUCCAUGUGUACGUUAUGUACAACCGAAGCGAGAGUCAUAGAAGGGACAUGUGCGGCUGCGCGCGAUACAUUAUGUAUCUGGCCCUAUGUACUACAUAAGGAGCGAAGAGUGAUGUAACAAAGAGGCAAACUCCGGCGAAGAGAGCCGAGUGUCGCCGACGGCUGUUCGUAGCAAGCGCGCUAUGUCUCGCGCAAGUAGCACGCAUGCUCUCGGCUCUGCGUAGGAGCGCGCGCCCGCGAGCUCCGUCAGCUGCUCCAAGUGACCGGCGCCAUAUGCAAUUUCGCGCGAGCUAUGUGAAAAAAAAAGGGAAUUACGCGCGCGUAGUAAAGGAUGGAGAGAGGGAUGGCGCGACGCGAUAUACCGCGCCGGACGUUUUUUUACUCAGCCGGCUACGACCUUUGCUCCCUUUACGCUCUAUUUUACUUUCCGCGAUCAUCCGCGCGAGGAGAGGCGGGAAACCGGCGCGGCGCGAACGGCGUGACCUUCAUCUGGUCUCGCCGACUCUCUUUGUUGCGAGAGAUUUGUCCGUCUUGUAUUCCGCUCGCGCGCAUACUAGAGUUAUCGCGCGUUGCGUAACUGUUGUCCGUCAUGGUCAUACUUUCGUGAGGUACAGGAAAUAGGAUGUGAGAACCACUAUCGCGAUAGAGACCGGAGAAUGCAAAAGAGCGAGCGAGAAAAAGCGACGACAUGGAAAAGAGAUAGAGGAAGUUGAGUUAUAGCAAAAUGUAGAUAGAUUGGAGAAUAUAUGUAUAUGUUGCGCCGCCAUAUUGCUCUUUUAGACUGAUCCCCCCCUGCUUGUUUCGCGCCACCUACACUUCCCCUACUAUAUUUGUCCCCACCUAUCUACGUUUGCCCCCUCUACCGAACCAAAUAUGCCUUUUGUUCGGCAUAGCAACAGCAACGUUAGAGGGCUACUAUAAAUAGAUCGCUACGACUGUCCAGUGUUGCCAAAACUACUGGCCCAACGUGCUGCGCAGUAAAACUAGGUGCCAUCAAGGCCGCAACGGCAACGUCGCAUUGCCGGAUGCGAUAUGACCUAAUCAGUCAAGUAUUUCCGAUGUACUAUGUUCUAUUGUUUCUUAUAUAUGAGAUUUCUUUCAAAUUUAACACAUAAAGUCGAAAUACACAUUGAUUAUAUAAUAAUCGCUCAUCCAAAUAUCGCGCAUUUGCAAAAUUUUGAAAAUUAUUUGGAAAGGAUAUGAGAGGGGAGGAUCAAUUAUUCGGAUGUUGUUAAAAAUACAUGUAGAAUCAUAAAUAAUUGUGCGCGGGAUUACCAAAGAAAACGUAUUCAUUAUAGUUAUUUUUUUUAUUGCAAGUUUCUCAAGUAUCGAUCAAGCGACGUUGCUUUUCCGCGCGCGCGUUUCUAUGUACUCGGGUAUAUGGCUGAAAAGUGAGACAAGAGAGGGAAUGGGCGUGCCCGAAGUGCGAGAACCGGCAACGCCGCGCUCGUAAAUCAUGAUUAAAAUAAUAAGUAUAAUACAUAUGUAGUACAUAGGUGGCCGGCGGGCUUAUGUACGUAGGAACUGCGCAAUGGCGCGAGCGGGAGCUAACGUCUGGCUGGGUUCUGCGCAACUUAGGUACUCCCACUCCCCGCGUGUAGUCCCCCCACUGCCGAAACGAAUCCCACGGGUGAGUUUCAGGAGUGAUGGAGAGGGACAAAUCAAGCGCUGGAGCGGGGCGGAGGGGAAGAAUGGGGGAGGAGGGGAGGAGUGGGAGGGUGAUACCUGGAAACCGUGACUAUAUACCCCCGCGUGCGUUUACCAAUCUUGGCACUUUGCCUGAAAGAGCAUAUCGACCGUGCGACGUUGUCACAUCGUCCACGCGAUCUUACACGCCAGUCCUACUCUUUGAGCGGUAUGUACCUAGGCUCCUGCAACUGGUCCAUGCUACAUGACGCGUACGAAUCGAGAUGGGCGGUCGUUUAGUUUAGCUAUCCACACAUCUCGCUAUCGCGUCCUUCCCCUCACGCCUCCUUCCCCUUAUACUAUAAAAAAAUCCGAGGCGACCAAAAGUAAAACGUUCGCGAAUUAAAUAAACGAGGUCUUUUUUUAGGGUCAAUGUAUGCCGAAUGUUUGACACAUUUAUACUUCAAAAAGUAGCAAGAUUUCGUCAUCGUUUUUAAUAAAUUAACACCAACAGAUACGAAGUUAACCAAGUUAGCUCCAGCUAAUUUCUACUAUUCUAUCUAAUAAUCGUUUUUAAAGAUAUAUCACACAUACACAGAGAAAAUUUUAGAGUAAAAAUUACUAUGGUAAAUAGUAAGCGCGGAUCAAGGAAAGAAUUAUGAAAAUUUUUAUUAUGUUUUUCAUUAAAUUACGUUAGUAUUUACACUACUUAUGCUAUAAUUUCCUGAAAUUUCUUCUCAUGGUUCAUUACUACUAUCGUACAUAAUAAUUUUUGCUAUAAAAUUUUCUACAUGUAAGAACAUUGUAUGGAAAUUAUAUGUAAAAUUGUCUUGCACUUUUUUACUUUCUUUGUACAAAACAAAUUUUGCAAAGCAACAACGAUUUAUCUACACUUAUAACAUAGACUUAAUAACAUAAACUGUCUCUAAAUUCUACUUCUCUAACACAUCAUUAGAAAUUUUAUUAUUAGAUUAAGUAUCAAGCCAGUUGUAUCUAACAAGAUAGUAUUAUUCGUUGGACAAAUUUUUUCCUAAACACAAGGAAUUAGUCACAUUUUUGAGAGAAUCUGCGGUGUUAUAUGAGCAUGUAGGACAGCAUUUAUUCAUGAUCACUCCAAUCAUUAUCACAGAGCUUAUAUGCUAAUUAUCUAAAAUUAAUACACGAAAGAAUAAUUUUGCUGAAAAUAAUUUUGUUGAAGCACCAAAAUUAUAAAGUACGACGAGAGCUGUAACAUGAUUUGACAAUCAGCGCCCUACAUAAUUGCUUUUGAUAGUUAAAAAAAUUAUUUUUAGAUCUAGUAUAUAGCUAAAUUUUCAGCAAAACUGUUCCUUCCACGUUGGGAGCCGCGUGUGAGAUCGGCGAUUCGGUCUCAUUCCGCGUGUACUUUCUCCGUUGCCGUUCUACACGAGACUCGCAAUUCACGUGAAAUCUAUUCAUCGAUCGCGCUCGGCUUUGCGCCGAUCGUUCACCGGAUAGUGCACUCGUUUCGGGGUCGCGGGGGGGAAAAAAGGUAAUCGAAAAGAGCGACGAGUCCCCCGGGGCGAGAGUGUCCCCGAGUGUAUACAGGGUGUUGCGAAGAUCGGCGCAUCGGCCGCGUGGUGGACCGUCAGUUGACUCUCGUCGAUCGGCGUCGCGCGACGGGAGAGUAUUCGAUACACGGCUUCUUCUUCCUCCGUAGCGAACACCGCGCACACCGUUCGGAGAGAGACGUCGCGCUGUCACUGCGGCCGCGAUCCGUCGGUCGGGAGAGCCAGCCAGCCAGCCAGCCAGCGAGCGAGAGCGCGCGCAUUCAACCCACAAGAAUGCCGGUCCGAGGAGCGCGUUGCGCGGGGACCGAUACUGGCGGCGGCGCGGAUCUGGCGGCCGGCGAUGCGCGGCGGUGCUGUCUACCUAUCUAGCGCGGUACAGUCCGCGCGGAGAGUAGUUAACGUGUAAUGUGCACACACGUACCCCGCGCUCGCCUAUAGCAACGCGUAGCAUCGCGCACGAAGUCUAGACCGCGCGCGGGAGAUGCCUAGCAGUGUCCCCGCGGAGCCGCGGAUGGUAAGCACGACGACGACGCGGCUGCGACGAUCGGCAGCAGCACCGAUCCUUACGCGCACGGUCUGAACUCCUCUCCUCGAGGGUGUCCCGUCCCGUCCCGUGUCCCGACCGACGAAAACCGGGAAAACGCGUGUGCGCGCGCGCGCGCGCGCAAUAUGGCGCUGUCCUCGUUCGACGAGAGUGCCGUGGUGGUCCUUGAAAUGGCUCCGGCUCCGGCCCGCGGAGCUACUACGCCCGGACGACGAGCAUGCACGUAGUCGGCGGUGGCGCGGCACCCUCUACCGUAUUCCGUUCUUCCCCUGUCUUUUGUCCCCGACGUAUCGAGCGCGAUAGUGGUGGUAGCGGCGGCGGCGGCGGUGGUGAUUCGGUGACGAGGAUGAUGAGGAUCUUUCGCGCCACCUGGUAUAAUCGUGUCGGCGUACAAAGUGAAACGUCGUCGUCGUCGUCGUUGUCGUCGUCGUCGUCGUCGUCGUCGUCGUCGUCAUCCCCCUUUACCUCCACCUCCACCUUCUCCUCGUCGUCGUCGUCGUCGUCGUCGUCGUCGUCGAGGGAAAGCGUGAAAACUGCUGAAGGAGUCGACGCGAGCACCUAGGCUAGAGGGACGACAACUUUCCCGUGCGCCGCGGACCGUCCACAACUCCGCCACGAUACGUCAUCCUCGUCCUCCCGCGCCUCCUCGUCCUCGUCGUGUAACAUGGAUCGCGCGCGGUACCGUCAACGCGUAUCGUGGACGUGCACGUAGGUGGACGACGACGAGCGGGUGCUGCUGCUGCUGCUGGUGCAGGUAGCUGCAUGGUAUAACCUCAACGACGGGGAAUCGUGCGGCCCGUCGGGAUCGUCGCUUCAGUUACGAGAUGUGAUUUCGAAGGGGACAUCCACCCGGCCGAUCACCCGUCGAGGAUGAGGAACGGCUUCGCCGACAUACCGGUCGCGAGUGCCGACAGCAGCACGGACGCCAUAUGGCUCGAGAAAAGCAGUCCGUCGCGGAUGGCACCCGAGCGAAUGUCACUCAAUUUCGAAAAAGUUGUGGUCAAGCAGGAACGUCAGGACGAUGCGGAGAUCCGUGAACUGGCUGCCAAAAUGGUGGAAGCACACAAGGCGAAAAUGCUGGCUGCCAUGCCGGCGACGUUACCCCAACAACAACAGCAGAGGCAGCAGUGCCUCAUAUCCUCGCAGCCCAACAUCCUCGGCUAUCUGAACAGACGGCCGCCUGAUGGGCCGUCUGUUCCUCCAAAGCCUCCGACAGGUAAUCUGGAGAAUAAAGUGCCGACACCUGACGACGACAGCCAGAGAGGACGAUUCGGCUGGACGAGCUUCGACGAUUGUCACAUACCUUAUUUAUUUCGUUCCGGCGACAAAUACUGCGCCGUACGCAUUCUAGAGUCUAAGCUUCUCAACAAGUACCUGAGCUUUCUCUCUUCGGACAUCUACAGCUGCACAUGUAUAAGAAGUUACUACAUUACGGAGGCUGAGAGUAAGCUAUUUAACGAGAUCAACACCAGGCACUGCGAGAAUCAAUUCGGGAGGGACCCGUUUACGUGUAAGGACCUGGUGGUUCGUCUCUCAGACGCCAAGGAGUUUUAUACGUUUCUCGACGUGUGCUACACCAAACUGACCGCCGGCACCAAUCCUAACGUGACGAAUGGACGCAAGGCGGAUAAGUGCGGUUUCAUACGAAUAAAUAAAGAGUCCGUGGUACCUUACACGGUGAAGGAAGGUCUGCAGUACGUGCCGCUGUUCUACUUUGAGGGCGAGACGGAAAAUCUCAGGUUAAAGGCGGAAAACCUCGAAGGCUGGGAUCUGUCUUACUUGAAGUUCUGUUGCAAGGUUCAGGGUAUACGUAACGAGCUGUUCGCGAGUGAUCAAUGUCCGGUGAUCAGUUUGAAUGACAUUAAGAGUUACUUUCCACCGGGCACUGGCUUCGAGGAUUACUGGCCGACCAAAGUGAUGGACUCGCAGUUAUUGGUGAACAGUAACGGUGGCGGUACCGGCGGCGUAUGGACAAAACAACCGCCUACGCCACCAGCAACUAAGCCUGUGCAAAGUGUGAAUAAAGUGGCGGCACCGCCCUUGAAUACGCGUACUGUACCGAUGCCUAAUAUGAUGCCGCGAGGGGCCGUUGUGAGUACAGCACCGCAAAUGCCGCGAAUAGGACAAUCGAGGCCUGUGGUGACGACGCAUCCCGCGCAUUCUUCCCCGUCGGGACUUCCCACGGGUAGAUCGAGCAUAGUGUCGCAGCCUAUGUUGAAUACCGUUCAAAAUGUAGCCGUUAACGGCUGGUCGGGUCUCGUCGGCGGUCAACCUACCUUUCAAACAGCACUCGGUUCACAGGCUGGCAUUAUACGAUCGACAACUAUGAACAAUGUUAUGCACAACCAACAAAUGAGCGCUGCUUCUAAAAGCUAUCCUCAACAGUCUAGAAGUAGAGCUGGUAGUAGUGGAGCAGCGGCACCACCUCAAUAUCCUGGUGUAUACCCAACAACAACCAUGCAAGGGGUUGUUCAGGCUCAACCACCACCUCUUAUACGAGCAACUGUUCACUCCAGUCAACCCAAUCUCGGUUAUCCCACCUAUGGGAAGGAUGACUGGGUGGCCACUACAUACACAACACCUACAUUAGGUGUACCUAAUGCAGUCACAGCAACCACAUAUCCACAGAUGCUUGGUCUAAGCGAGCAAGUCCAAGCUUUAAUGCCAGUACCUACAUCAGCAUCAAAUUUAUUACAUCCACAAAGGCAUACACCAUCUGUGCAUAAUACAUCUCAUUCAAAAUAUCCACCUCCUCUGAUACCAGUCAAUGGUAGCAGCGGCAGUAGCAGUAAUUCUAGUAAUGUUUUUAGAGAUUCCCGAGGGAGGAAACCAUUAAUACCAAUAUCGGAACCGCAUAUAUCCACUUGUCAUGUACAACCGUACCGAAUACAAAAAGCGCUAAUUGAAGAAAAGAUGGUACCAUGUAUUAAUUUCAAACCUUAUAUCUAUGCUGAAUUGUUGAUGACACUUCCCGACUUUGUUUCCAAUUAUUUUCCUGUCUGCGACAUUGAGAGUUGUAGACAAGUCCUUACAGAUGUACUCCAUAUAGACUUAUAUCAAGGAAAUAGACUGCAAAUGAAGAUGUUAAUGGAGGCAGGCAAAUGUUCUUCAUUAACAGAAGAUCUGCCUUUAAUUCAAGUAAAAAGUAUAAUGAAAUACAUGCCACAAUUCAAGUAUAUGUUUAAUAGAGGAGAUAUGGUCAUGCCUUCCCCAGCUCAUUCGUCUGAAGAGCACCCUGCCAAAAAGCGUCAACGUACCAGCUAGGAUUGGCUACAGCCUUACUGGCCUACUUACGAUUAUUACCAUUCGGCAUUCUAGACUUGAUAGUAUGUCGAGAUUUCCAUCAUUUUGGACCGCUUUUGAGAGAGGUGUAUCCAAAUAGUGAAUUACAAUAUCGCGUAUGAUGCGCGGCAAAAUACAUAUUGACUGAUGCUUCGAAUAUGAAGUGACACAGUGAUGAGCUAUUUCUUUCUCCAAAGUGUAUCGCAGAGGACGUGACUGUGUGUGUAUGUAUAUAAAAUUGAAACGUGUAAAUUAAUAUGGUUGACAAAUCAGAUCUGCUUUCUUCGUAGAAAGAUUUAUUUUAAUUGUCGGCAUUACAUGCAAUUUUUGUCUCUGUUUUCGUGAUGACAGCCAUUCUCCUCACAUUUUAAUAACAAGCCAUCGGAAAUGCGUAAUUAAGGUGUGCUCUCGAGAAAGGCGGCACACAUAUGGAACAGAUCUUUUGUCAAAUUGUCAUUGAAAUGUUUUCGAAAUGUAUAAUUAUUACACCUCGUGUUUUAAUCUCAAUAUAAUAGUUGUACAUUUCGUUGGUUGUCGAGACACGAAGUAAUAAACAUUGAAAUGAAUAUUGAGUUAAAAGUUGCAUAUAAUGUCGACUAUUGAUUAAUUUUAUUUUCAUUUUUGAGAGACCUAUUACAUAAAGACCGUUAUGUUAUAAGACGAUAAAUCUAUAACAGCGGUUUCAUUUUCAAAUUAAUUAUAUCCUAUCAUUCCACACAUGUGUAUACUCUCACUUCUCUCUCUCUCUCUCUCUUUCUCUCUGUCUCUUUCGCGCGCGCGCAACAUAAUAUUUUAUUUCUACCUCUUGCACAACAAUCGAUACUAUUAUUGUAGAAUUCUUAAUUUUUUAUUAUUUUUCAUAAUGUAUAGUAUUCUCGUUAUAUAUUAGUUUCUUGCGUAUAUAAAAAAAUUAAAGUUCUAUUAAAGAAAAUUCGGAGAAAGAAAAGGCUAUUAUAUAUCCCAUUUAUAAAUGGGCAUAACGUGCUAUAGAGUUAUUCAGAAUGAAUAACUCUAUUUUGCAUAUUAAAUGUAUAUUAAUAAAAAAAAGAACGAAAAAUGGAAGUAAAGCUUCUUCAAGUUCCUAGCUAUUACUAGUGCGUAUCCUGAUAACUAGCCACAAACUAAUUUAAAAAGCGUUAGUUUAUUCAUUUAUUGCGAUAAUUUUACGUGAGUUUUUAUACCAUUUUCAUAAAACUUGUUAAAAAGCGUUAAGGUAAUUUAUUGAACAGUUUUCGUUUCGAGUGUUUAAAACAAUACACAGUUGUGUACAGAGAGGAAUGUGCCGGAAGUAUCAAAUAAAAUAACGGAACGGAACAAAUGCCUACUCAUAUAAAAAGAUGGCAGCGAGCAAUAUCUCGUGGAUUACAUCUGUAGGAAAUAUGAAUAAUGUACAAGAUCUGAUACUUUUCAUACAAUUGACAAAAAAUGAAACUAACAUUCUUUUUGCGUUUCUUUUUCUUAAAUAUAAUUAUGAUUAGUAUUCUGCCAUAUUGCUGCUGCAUCUUUCAGAUAGAUAUAUACUUGUAAACUUUUAAGUAGUGAUUUUGUUACAGCCAAAAGUUAAUUACACAAUGAUACUUAAAUUUAAUAAUUAUAAUAAGUGUUCGUUGAAGACAAAUAUCUUGUGAUGGGUUUAAUAAAGGUAUAUGACAAACAAAUAUUUAUUUGCGCCAAAUGCGUUGUAUGUAUCGAAUAUUACAACCGGUAUAUGGUAAACAUCUUUAAAAAACGAUAUAAUUCGAUGAAAUUAAUUUCGCUCAAAAUGAGGGACAAUUGUGCAAUUGACUGACAUCUUUAACUCAUUUUAUGGAUACGUUAAAUUUUUACGUAUAUAUUCGAAAAAAAGUCAAAAUUAUUUUCGCUCAAAGCGAAAGACAAUUGUGCAAUUGUAAUCGUUUGACGCCUUUAACCCACUUCACAAAUAUGUUAAAUUUAUGUAUACAUUUGAAAAAAGAUGUCCAACCUAUGUAAAAAGCUGUUAAGAUAUUUAUAUGAAUAUAACAUGAAAAUAUGACAACAAAAAGAACGUUUAAACAGUGAAAAAAAGUCUAGAUGAUAUUUCAAAAACCACGUUAAAACAGUCUUCCACGUGAUUCAUAUAAAUACGUUACAAAAUCGAAUUUUGUUCAGUUCAAUAAAUUAUUUCGAAAUGUCAACAUUAUAUUAAUAUGUCUUCGAUAAUUUGUGUCAUUUAUUUCCAUUUACAAUAGCAAAACGCAGGACGCAAUAGGAGACCCUUCUUUUUAGGGCAACGUAUAAAACGCUAUUUUAUCUCUUCUCGAUGUGGGACAGAGGAUUAAAGAGUCUUGACCGCUACUAUAUAUACUUUCGUCACUUACUAAUUUUAGCAUAAGAAAGCUCUAAAAAAAUGUACAUGGCAAACACAAGUGUAUAUAAAGAGAUAAUUAUAACGACUGAUUCACGUCGAACGUGAAUCUUCCGCGUAAGGACAGAAACUGUUUGGAUGUUCUGUCAUAGUGAAUAUAGUGUAUUAUUUAUGAAACGAUAUUUUGUGGUAUUACAAUUUGGAAGACACAUUGCAUUGCGCUAUCGCGAGACUGGACUGUUAUAUUUUACUGUUAUAAAAAAGUGGUUUAAGAGAUAAUGUCGAAGAAAUCUCAAGAUAAAAAAACGUCUGACGGUUUAUUAUUUCAAUAAAAUAUUUUGAAAGCGGUGACAUUAUUCAAUCAAUGCUAAACUUAUCUAAUUUUUUAUUUCUGGGAUAUUUCAUAUGUAUUUCGACAGAUUCAAGUGGAUUAAUCGUCUGAAAUAGGAGUCAAUUUUUUUUAUUUUGCUUUUACCUUGUAAGUAGUUUUGUUAUAAUAAUAUCGAUUUAAUCGUUGUUUCUUCUUUGGCGUAAUAAAAGUCUAUGGAAUUUUUAGAAAUAUUUUUAAUUGAAAUUAUUUUAAUGAGAAAACAUUUGCGUAAACCGCAUACAUGAUUUCAUUUCUUUCGAGAUAAAUGCAAGAGAUGGCAGUCCAAAAUAUUUAGAGUAUAAUAUCAUUUUUAAUAUGUUAGAUUAGUACAUUCAUUUGUUAACAUUUGUUAAAACUAUGUAUUAUACCUUAUCACGCUAUCAUUUGUACAUAUAGAGCGUAAGGAAAAGUAGGACUACUAGAUAUUUCAAAAUAAAUUCAUGAUACAAUCAA